AUGCCUGACAUAUUUUGUACUGGCGGCAUCGAAGAUGGUACAAGGGGAAUGAGCUAGAUAGGACUCCAUGCAUCUCUUAAAACUCCUUGGUCGUACUUUAAUUCAUGGUACACUUCACUGCUACUUUCAUUAAACUUGUUUCAUUUUCAUUGAGUUUCAAGUUUUACACACACUCUCACACUUGCAUGAGGAAGAAGGAAAUUGUUAUGAACGCCAGUUUCUUUACACUUUAAAUUAUUUCCGGCUCAUCAUAUAACAUCCAUAAAAUGAACACAUUCUAAAAGGUGUCAGUUGACAAUAUCGGAGAACCAUUAAUAUUAGGCAUACUUUAUUCAAUGACAUCAUAGUGCUGUGAUGCUUUGCGUAUGUUCUUCACUUUAAUGCAAAUUCAAUUUAUGUUUCCUACUUUAUUUGCUCUCGUUUCGACAUCAUCAUUAUCAUCAUUAUCACCAUCUUGAAGAAAGUUUGAUUGAAAUAUUUACGACACACACGCAAUUUUGUUGAUCUACUAGCUUCUGACGUGUUUUACGGUGAUUUACAGGCAGAUUUCAAAACCAUCGCGAUAAGAUCUGGAAAAUAGUGUUUCCUUCUUCAAGAGAGACUUUGUGUUUGCAUAUUGAUGUGACGUGUUGAUUUGCUAAUUGCCUAUUAUGGAAUCGCGUUGUCAUAUAAUGCCAUGCCUCACAAUAUUCUUCUGCAGUACACUUUUCGCUCCAGGUCUGAAUGGUGAUAUCAUAGAUAUUAAUGAGCAUUACAAUGCCAUCAAGCCGAACGGAAGAGUCUGCUUUUCGAAGUCCAAUUCAAGUGUUAUCUUCAAGAGGGACUGCAAAGACUGCAUCUACAGUGGGUCAAAGGUCAAAUUGAAUGGAGAGGUCAGGACUGUCACAGAGAUUUUGGACACAACGGGAACAACAUGCAACAACAAGUCUAUAGUGAUGGUCAUAGAACAAAAGACGCAGAAGCCGGAACUGUAUGUUGCUUGUUUCAUUGGUGGUUUCCUCACCUCUCUUGCCGUUGUCAUGGUGAUUUUACUCAUGAAGAAGCGACUUUGUGGCAAAGAUGAGCAGUACACAAUGAACGAAAUUUCAGGAAUGACUCCUAAUGGAUUCCUGUCUAGUGGAACGGAAAAUGCUGAAGGCGAUAUAAAUGCACCUGCCGAAAAUACUUUGGAAAUAGCAGACGGAAGGAAACCAAUCGUCAAAUCCAGACGACACUCUUCAUUUCGCAAAAGCUCCAUUAAAGCGAAGACUGACGCCAUGAAUCGAGUGGAAACUACGAAACCAAUAGACAUGAUAGCAAACCCAAUUUCGGUGCCGCCCGAGAAGACGUAUAAAGAAAAUUACGUGCCAUCAGAUAAGCUAAAGCGUCAUGGAUGCUUUGUGAAAGACGAAACAAUUUAUGAGAAUGUUAAGAGGCCAGGGAAACGCAUGAAGCCGUAUUCUGCUGAGCCACGUUUCGCGGUUAAUAGUUAAUACUUAUAAUUUAAAUCGUGUAACUAAAAUGAAGGUAUUUUAGUAUAAUUUGUGCUACUAGUACUACUCAUCAUCAGUAGUACAGCGCUUCUUUUCAGUGGCAGCACUGUGGUCUGCUGGUAAAGGCUCUUGACUCUCAUAAUGAGAGGCCCCGAGUUCGAACCCUGGUGCUUUCAUCGUUGGACUAGGUGAUUUAACCAGGUUGGUCCCUCUCGACCCAGGUGUACAUAAUAAGAGGAUACAAGAGGACAGAAGUAAUACAAUCAAACCUGUCUAUAGCGACCACCCAAGGGAAACACAAAAAGUGGUCUUUAUAGACAUGUGUUCUUUGU